GUGUGUGUUUUAAAAAUGAGUCAGUUUGGCUUUCUACACUGUGAAUGCAAUGACUCGUUUGGCUGGAGAUCACCCAACAGUGACGACACACCUGGUUCAUAUAAAAACCACGGCCACCUACGGACUCGCACUCACGCCCUUACAAGCGUGCAUCGUCGGUCGAAGAACCGGGGGAGUUGGCAGUUAGGGGAUGUGGUAGCUCCUCUCGUAUGCUGCACUGUCACGGGGAGAGUGUCUCUUUUUUUCCUCAUAGACGUCCUCUUUAAUUUUUCCGUGCCUUAUAAGUACAAAAUAAAGGAGUGUACCCCGCUGUAUGUGACUGUCAGCCGCCGUGCCUCUGAGGCGAACCGGCGGAGGGAGGAGAUGCGACGUUAUUCAAGGAAGAAGAAUGUUGUUUUGGCAGUGCUCCUUCUUGUUACGGGAUUGUACUUCAUUAGCCAGUCAGACUUGCUCAUCGCUGGUCUGACAAGGUCACAUGAACAGAUUCCGAAUGACUUAUAUUGGCAAGCAGAGAGGCUGGUCAGUAAGGAGUCCUGGGUUGAACAGGGAAAUUACCUGCCUCUCAAUGUGUCCUAUCAGCUGCUUGCUGGAGCACCAUCGACUGAACAGAAGUAUUUAUCUGUUGGAUUAUCAUCGAUAAAGAGGAAGAAGGGCAGCUAUCUAAUUCCCACCUUGCAGUCCCUCUUCUCCCAGUCAUCACCUGAGGAACGCUCCUCCAUGGUGGUGGUAGUGCUGCUAGCAGAUUUCGAUGUCAGCUGGAGAGUCACUACAGUGAAGGAGAUCAAAACUGCCUUUGCCUCAGAGCUGGAACAAGGCCAGCUGGUGGUCCUCCAUGUUCUUCAGGAUUUUUACCCUCCUCUUACAGGUCUAAAGAGGAACUAUAAUGAUGCUCCAGAAAGGGUAUCAUUUCGCUCCAAACAGAACUUGGAUUACUCUUUCCUAAUCCACUACUGUGCCAGUCUUGGCCAGUACUACCUCCAGCUAGAGGAUGACGUCUCCUCUGCCAAAAACUUUCUUACUUCCAUCAAGAGGCAUGUUGAGGAGCAAGAGACGAAGAAGACCACCUGGGCAAUGCUGGAAUUUUCAGCCCUUGGCUAUAUUGGGAAACUCUACAGGUCAGCCCACCUUCCUCUCCUGGCCCGCUUCCUCUUCAUCUUCUACCAGGAAAUGCCCUGUGACUGGUUGAUGUCUCACUUUCGAGAGCUGCUGACUCAGAAAACGCCAAUCCUCUUUAAACCCUCGCUGUUCCAGCACAUGGGCACUUUCUCCUCAUUCCAAGGGACAUACAACAAGCUAAAGGACAAGGACUUUGAGGAGGGAUUCUACACCAAUCCUGCAGCUGAAGUUUACUCUGAUAUGUCCACCUACCAGAAACACUUCCCCAAACUGGCAUGGGAUGCUGGGGAGGGAUUCUUCUGGGGACGCUCCCCAGAGAAGGGAAAUUACCUGACAGUGGUGUUCACCGACCCCACAGUGGUGAAGGGGAUAUUUAUAGAAACGGGGUCAGGGGGUAAAGACCUCCUGGAGUCAGCUCAGGUGGAGACAGGCCACGAUGUAGUUACCCUCAAGAGAGGGGAGAAGAGUUGUAAAGAGUUCCAGUCAGUGGGGACGUUGGAGAAUGGGAGGUUUGAAAUGCAGGAGAUGGACACAAAGUAUAGCUCUGCCUCUUCCUGUCUCAGGAUACAAGUCACAGGUGGGCAGAAGGAUUGGCUGAUCAUUAAGAAAAUCAGGAUUACAACAAAACUGAGUACACCUCCACGCCAAGCAUAGGUGUGAAUUUUUCUUCCUGCCAGAUUAAUAAUUUGUUUAUCUGCCACACAUAUGCAGACUGAUCAUUUGACUUUUGUGCCUUGUUAAACAGUUUCACUGAUGAAACAAUUCAGUGCUUAAUGAAACUGUAAAGCUACUGUAAGUAUGAAGAAAAUAUUUGACCAAGCUCUGUGAUCUGUCUCUUCAUAAUGGAGAUAUGCAAUGAUAUGUUAUUAUCUGCAAUAAAAAACAGUAGUUCCAUGUG